CGGCGAGCAGCGGAGGGCAGGCAGGAAGGAAGGAUGCUGAAGAGCUGCGGGAGGAAGCUGCUCCUGUCCCUCGUGGGCUCCAUGUUCACCUGCCUGCUGGUGCUCAUGGUGGAGCCGCCGGGCAGGCCGGGGCUGGCCCGGGGGGAGGCCGGCGGGGCGCAGCGGGCGCUGCAGAGCCUGGGGGCGGCGGCGGCCGUGGCUCCUCCGGCGGCGCAGGGGCCGCCCGGGCUGCGCAGCUUCGCCGAUUACUUCGGGCGGCUGAGCCGAGCGCGGCGGGAGCUGCCCCCGGCCCCGCCGAGCCCCCCGCGGCCGCCGGCCGAGGACAUCUCCCCCCGCGAUGUCUUCAUCGCCGUCAAGACCACCAAGAAGUUUCACAAGGCGCGGCUGGAGCUGCUGCUCGACACCUGGAUCUCCCGCAACCGCGACAUGACCUUCAUCUUCACUGACGGGGAGGAUGAGGAGCUGAAGAAGCAAGCACGAAACGUCAUCAACACCAACUGCUCGGCUGCCCACAGCCGCCAGGCGCUGUCCUGCAAGAUGGCCGUGGAGUACGACAAGUUCAUCGAGUCCGGCAGAAAAUGGUUCUGCCACGUGGACGAUGACAACUACGUGAACGUGCGGAUGCUGGUGAAGCUGCUCUCCAGCUACCCCCACACACAGGACAUCUACAUCGGGAAGCCCAGCCUGGACCGGCCCAUCCAGGCCACGGAGAGGAUCAGUGAGAACAAGAUGCAUCCUGUGCAUUUCUGGUUUGCCACGGGUGGAGCAGGGUUCUGUAUCAGCCGGGGGCUGGCACUGAAGAUGAGCCCUUGGGCCAGUGGGGGUCACUUCAUGAGCACUGCAGAGAAGAUCCGCCUGCCUGACGACUGCACCAUCGGCUACAUCAUCGAGUCUGUGCUGGGCGUGAAGCUCAUCAGGAGCAACCUCUUCCACUCCCACCUGGAGAACCUCCACCAGGUGCCCAAGUCGGAGAUCCACAAACAGGUGACGCUGAGCUACGGCAUGUUCGAAAACAAGCGGAACUCCAUUCACAUGAAGGGAGCCUUCUCUGUCGAAGAGGACCCAUCCAGGUUCCGCUCCGUGCACUGCCUGCUGUACCCCGACACGCCGUGGUGCCCCACCAACAUGGUUUACUAGGAGGUGCACGUGCCCUCCAGCCUCGUCCCGAGUUUCCCCGGUAUCCGACGGGCGCGCGGGACCUGCGUGCGGUUGUGUCGCUCCGGCCUCGCCGCCGGGCGGACAGACAGACGGACGGACGUCGUUGCUGUGGUAUUGCACAGUGUGUGUGUACUGAAGGCUGCUGUGCGGCCCCUUGAGCCCUGCCCUGCCUGCCUCGCUGCCUGCUCGGCCGGGAGGGCGCAGAGGGACGGGAAUGAGCACUUACCCACGGGCACCGCGGCUGGCGCGCCCCACGCCAUGCGUGGGCAGCGGCUGCAGCGCGGGGCCCUGCCCCACCCCGGCCUUGCUUCUCCUUGAUGGUUGUUGUUUUUUUUCCCUUUCAAAUGUUAAGUUUUUUUUUUGGUGUGUUCUUCCCUUUUUUUGCAUCUUCCCCACAACCCGCUCCUGUAACCCCUGACCCAGCCCAUCCUCUCUCCCAGUCCCAAAAUCUCAGCAGCGAAGCUCUGGCUCCCAGUUUGGAUGAGGGGUCCCUCUGAGUUCUACAGGCAGAGGUGGGCAGGGGAAGCCUCUGGCCAUGGCAGUGGCUCCUCCAGGGUCCUGCAAAGCUGCUGGGUGCUCCACAGCCUCACUGGAGGGAGGUAGUGGGGUGGCUGGGAGAUGGUGUUGGUGUUAACUCCAUUUCCCAGAGCUCCCCCCACACGGGUGAAGUGUUGCUGGCAGCAUCGGUGGGUGAACUAUUUAGAGACUGGUGUAAAGACUUUCUAUGAAUUGGGCAUGGGAGGAGGGAUUCUCCAGAGCUGCCAUAGUGGGAUGGGCGCUGUGUUUGUCCAGGGUCUCCCUCCAGUGCUGCUCGGGCAGCCCUGCAGCUCUGCAAGGAACACCUCGAGGUCUGCCCAGGCUGUGUGGGUGUCCCCUGUGGGGCCAGAGCAUCCUCCAGCCUUGCCCUGGCUCUGGGUGCUGCCCAGGAGGCAC